CUAGCGCCCCGCUGCGCGGCGUCAUGGUGGCCGCGCUGUCCGGCUCCGCGGGCGGCCGGCUGUGCCGGGCCCCGACGCGGCCGCUGGCGCUGGCCCCGCUGCUGGCCGUGGCGGCCGGGCUGUUCCUGAGCGGCCUGACGGGCGCGACCCCGACCCCGCCCCCGGGGCCCGGCUCGCGGCCCGGGCAGUCCUUUGAGGCCUGCCGCAGCCGCUCGGUGCUGCUGGACAAGCGGACCGGACAGCUGCGAGUGGUGGACGGCCACUCCCCCGAGGCCGUGGCCUGGGCGAACCUCACCAACGCCAUCCACGAGACGGGGUGGGCCCUGCUGGAGGUGCACACGAAUGGCAGCUUCAACGACAGCCUGCAGGCCUACGCCGCGGGGGUGGCCGAGGCCUCCGUGUCCCUGGAGCUCAUUUACAUGCACUGGAUGAACACGGUGGUGAACUACUGCGGCCCCUUCGAGUACGAGGUCGACUACUGCGAGAAGCUCAAGCGCUUCCUGGGCAUCAACCUGGCGUGGAUGCAGGAGAUGAUGGUCCUGCAGGAGGCCUCCAUGUACUGGCACCAGGUGCGGCUGAUCCUGCUGCAGCUGAAGGGCCUGGAGGACAGCUACCAGGGCAGAGUGAGCUUCCCCACCGGAAGGUUCCUCCUCAAGCCCUUGGGCUUCCUCCUGCUGCAGAUCUCGGGGGACCUGGAGGACCUGGAGGUGGCGCUGAACAAGACGCGGGCGCAGCGCGUGCUGGGCUCGGGCUCCUGCUCGGCGCUCAUCAAGCUGCUGCCGGGCGGCCGGGACCUGCUGGUGGCGCACAACACCUGGAGCUCCUACCAGCACCUGCUGCGCGUCAUCAAGAAGUACCGCUUCUCCUUCCGGGAGAGCCCGCGAGAGGGCUCUGCCCCGGUGCCCGGCAACACGCUGGUCUUCUCGUCCUACCCCGGCACGCUCUUCUCCUGCGAUGACUUCUACAUCACCAACACGCAGCUGGUCACCCUGGAGACGACCAUCGGCAAUAGGAACCCGAAGCUGUGGCGCCUGGUGCAGCCGCAGGGCUCGGUACUCGAGUGGCUACGCAGCAUGGUGGCCAACCGGCUGGCUACCGACGGCCCGUCCUGGGCCGACAUCUUCAAGAACUUCAACAGCGGCACGUACAACAACCAGUGGAUGAUCGUGGACUAUAAGGCCUUCGUGCCCGGCGCGACCAGACCCCGGCCCGGGCUGCUCACCAUCCUCGAGCAGCUCCCGGGCAUGGUGCUGGCGGCGGACAGGACCAGGCAGCUCUACAACCAGACCUACUGGGCCAGCUACAACAUCCCGGCCUUCGAGGCCGUGUUCAACGCCAGCGGGCUGCCGGACCUCGUGUCCCUCUACGGCGACUGGUUCUCCUACGACAGGAACCCGCGCGCCCGCAUCUUCCGGCGGGACCAGGGCACCGUGCAGGACGUGGCCUCCAUGCUCCGGCUCAUGAGGUACAACGACUACCUGCACGACCCGCUGUCGGUCUGCAGCAACUGCACCCCGAAGCCCAACGCCGAGAACGCCAUCUCGGCCCGCUCGGACCUCAACCAGCCCAACGGCUCCUACCCCUUCCAGGCUCUGGAGCAGCGCCUGCACGGGGGCAUCGACACCAAGGUGACUAGCAUGGGCCUGGCCCAGAACCUGCGCAUGGUGGCGGUCAGCGGCCCGACCUGGGACCAGGUGCCCCCGUUCCAGUGGAGCACCUCCGCCUUCAGUCACCUGCUGCACAUGGGCCAGCCCGACCUCUGGAAGUUCUUGCCAGUGGAGGUCAUGUGGGACUGAGCCAGUGACUGCCGUGGGCCGCACAGCCUUCAGGACACCCACCGAGUCCGCCAGCCUCAUCCUGUCCAGGCCCCACCUCCAGGGUGGAGCCCCGCCCUCGAGCUUUAGCUCCGCCCCUGAGUCAUAGCCCCACCCUUGAGCCUUAGCUCCACCCCUGAGUCAUAGCCCCGCCCUUGAGCCUUAGCUCCACCCCUGGGUCAUAGCCCCGCCUUUGAGCCUUAGCCCCGCCCCUGAGUCAUAGCCCCACCCUCGAGCUUUAGCUCCACCCCUGGGUCUUAGCCCCGCCUCUGGGUUUAACUCCUCCCCUGGAUCCCCCCUUCACCCGCCCUUCCACCCACCCCCCAGGCCCCAUGGAUUUUGCGCCCUGCUCUGUCUAGCUGGUCCCUGGGUCUGCCAGGCUCACCUUCCUCAGGGCUCUCUCAUGGGUGUGCCCGGAACCCAGGGGGGUCCGAGAUAACUCCCCCAAAUGGGUGAGUAGCUACCCGGAGCCUGUCUCCCUCCUCUCCCUCCCUGCUGCAUCUUUCCCACCCCAGGACCCCAGUCCUCCUCCUGAGCCCUUGAGAAGGGCCCGGCCUCUGCUCUGGGUCCCCGGAAAGAGCUUGUCCCGGGCCUCUUCUGUCGUCCCCCACUCCCUGCGGUGGUCCUGGAGUGGGUGGCAGGUGUCAGCCCCCAGACUUGGGCCUUGCUUCUGUAAGGCAUCAUUCCUCUUAGCCCGCCCGCCCCCGGGACAGCGGGACCCCCGCUCCCGUCACCUUCCUGAGGACAGGAGCUUGAAAACAAACAAAAACCAAAGUUUCUGGCAACUGGUGUUGGGGGGCCCGAGUGGCCUUCUCUCCCCCGGGGCGACAGGUGUGUCUGCCCCGUCUGCAGCCUCAUGCCCUCUCCCCCCAACCAGGACCUGCCCCUGGCCUCGGGCAGUGCCCGCUGCUCCCUGCGGUAGGGACUGAGUCGCAGACUGUGCCACCAUUAAACAAGAGGCUGUA